AUGAUUUAUGACUCCAUUACUCUGGCCGUAGACGUCACUCACCCACUCCUAUCUCUGUCCGAGCCUGCGGUCGUAAAGAAAACAAAGUUAGACUCGGAAUCCGCCUCCCCUCUGGUCUUUGGCGUCUACUUUGGACGACCUGACGCCGCCUCCAGCCUUUGUCCUAUCUCCCCAUCGACGCUUCUGGCCUUGACCUCCUCGCCAACCGUGACCGACCCCGUUAAUGUGGCGCUUUACGCCAGAGUCAAUAGUUUGUUUAACGCCAUGCUCGAACAGAUAGCAGUUGUUGCACCUCAGGCCUAG